AAAUAUCUGGCCGCAGCGACCGAAGAAAAUGAGAGACACAUCGAACUAGCUAUGAAGCUGAAGGCAGAAAAUGAAGAUCUUUUCCGACAACUCACCACGGCUCAAAACCAGAAGAAACUGAUCAUGAAAAAUCAAAUCAUCAGUACCAGAGUGAAGGACUUGGAGAAGUUGGUGAAAGAGACUGUGGACAAAAACAUCAAGCUUGAACAUGAAAUCGAGAAAGCUACUUCCAGACCUGCUCAGUCACAAUAUAUCAUCGAAGAUCUUACAAAGACAAUUGAGGAGCUUGAGAGAGAAAGGGAAGAACUGACAGAAAGGCUUCAAACUGCUGAUAUUGUAAGCAAGGAUUUGACUGAUAAAACCGAGACAGCCUUUGAAAAGAUGAGAGAAAUGGAAGAGCUAAAAAAUGAGAUGGAAGAAAAGAACAAGAAACUGGAGUUCGAUGUCAAGCUUACGAAAAACAAAGUAGAGGCUGCAUUAUCAAUGGUCGAUGAUUACAAGAAAGAUGUCGCCGAUAUGAAAGUCCAAAAUAGAGGUCUAAAAAAUCAAGUGGAUUUCCAGAAAAAUAAAGUUCAGGAUCUUGAAGGUCAAGUGUCUAAGCUGAAGGAACAAAGUGUCUCGAUGGAAAAGAAACUGGAAGACGCAGAGCAAACGGUAAAAUACAUGGAAGACCUUAAGGAGAAAGAGAUGGAUUACCUUAAGGAGAAAGGGCUGAACGACCUUAAGGAGAAAGAAACUGAAAUUAACGAAGUGAGAUACCAACUCGAGGCAAAGAAGGCAAAAGUUGAAGCGAUGGAGACAGAGAAGAAGGAUCUGCAAGGGAAGGUCUCUGAGAUGAGGAAGUUAAAGGAGAUACUGGAAGUGAAAGUAGCAGAGGCCGAGACAAGAGAGAAAGAGGUGGAGGAUGAAAUGGAGGCUAUUAAAGCUGCUCUGAACACGGCAGCUGUUGAGUAUGGUCUGCUUACUGAUGUCGGGGAUACACUCACAAUCACAGACUUGUGCCAGUCACUUGAUGACAUGAGGCAACUCAAUGCACAUAUGAAACUCGAGAUGAACGACUUGGAGCAGGCUAAAGCCAAUCUUGAAGAAAUGUUGAAGGCGAGUGAUGCUUAUUUCAAGAGUGGGGAUUCUGUUGACGAAAAAAGUAUCGGAGCGCGUGAAAGGACUGAACUGAAGGAAACGAUCAAAGAUCUUCGAUUCCAGGCUUACAAACAGGAGCAUCUCCUCAAGAAACUCAGAUAUGAAGUCUCACAAUUUCACGAGUUCAUAUUGAAAAAGCAGGACACUAAGUUUAGCGACAUGCCUUAUGUCGACAGAGCAGUGGUCAUGCGUAUUUACUCCGAUGUCAAACUCAAAACCAUCGAUGCUGCUGACAUCUCCUUCUUACCUAAAGCCCAGGAUAAUGACGACGACGAGGAUGAGAUCGGGAAAGGUGCUUUCGGGAAGGUGUUCUUGAGGCAAUACAAAGGCCAGGCCGUCGCCGUCAAGGUUCCGUAUAUAAGUGAACGGGUGAAUGAUGAGGAUGCUACGAAGCGGAUGAUACGAAUCAAAGCAAACCAUGCUCGUACCACCAUGGAAGCUUUAGUCCACCUUGCACUUGCUGACCAUCCAUCUUUCCCAAAGACAAUCGGUGUCGUUGACAUUGAUGGGGCCCCUUCACUCGUUCUGGAGUUCCUCGGCGACAAGGAAACAGGUGACGUCUUUUCCCUUAGCCAGGCCAUCAAACAUCCCAGCCCUUCACUAAGGCAGAAAGACUGGUUUGGUAUCAUCACGGACAUCGUCAACGGAAUGAAGACAAUGCAUGCUAAAGGUCUCCUCCACAACGAUCUAAAACCCAACAACGUUCUUUUGCAGUGGGACUACAAUGAUAAAAGAUGGCAUGCUUUCAUCAUUGAUAUGGGCAAAGUGUCCACCCAGACCGUACCUGUCAAACAUCGUCACAUGCCUGAAGAUGACCGCGAGCAGUACAAAGAAGGUUCCAUGUUUCAGCAUCUAGCUCCAGAAUAUAUGUUGGACCAACAACCCAUGUCUGUUGAAACUGACAUCUUCUCUAUGGGAAAGGUAAUUGGUCGGAUCGAGGGGAAAGUGAUGAACAAUCGGAUCUUGAGAGAGUUAGUCGCUGAGAUGACGAAUGUUAAACCACGUCUUCGACCUUCAUGGAAGGACAUUGAGAAGGCUGUUGCAAAAGCUCGGAAGAAGUGUCUGUCAUGACCCUUCGCUAUUUGGAUAAAAUUGAUUUUGUAGUGUCAGGUAGCUGAGGUUGUUUAUAUUUGAUUUGAAGAUGAAAAUAUCCUGGCAUUCAAUCAUUAUUACAGAAAUUAAAUUUAAGAUUAUAUUCAAUAGAGAAAUAAGAUAAAAAAAGAUGGCAUAAUGUAGGUCAUUAUCAUGAUUAUAUUCAGAGGUAGGCCUUAAAAGAGAAAGCUUUAUGAAACAUGAAAUCAAAGUCCACCGAGAAUCAUCAAUAACGCAGCAUUACGAAAUGUUUUCUUCAAAUAGUUCGAAAUCAAUGAAAAGUUUUAUAUAUAAUAUAUUUGCUGAUUUUUAUCUGCAACAUCAAAAUGCCAUAGGAUUAGGAAUAGCUAUCGAAUUGAAGGGCAAAACGAAUUUGUUAUAUUGUUAUACCAUUAUUAUGCUGUUGAUAGUUUAUUCUUAUACUGUAUGUUGCAUUAGGAAUGAUGAUAGAAUUUGCUUCAGAAAGUUAACAGAACAGAGCUUUGACCAUUGAACGAAUAAGAAUAGUAGGAAGCUAUAAGUGAUAAGUCUGAAAAGCGUCUGAUCACACUAUAUUUAAGUGAUUUUUUCGAGUCUUUUAGUACUGUAGGAAUCCACAUCUCAUGCUAGCCAACUCUUUCUUCCUCACAGGCGUCCAGAAAUUGCUUCUAAGAUCUUUGCAUUUCCUUGGCCAGUUAGAAAUCGACAUCUUUCUCUGUCUUGAAAAUAAGUGAUUAGAAGUAGUUUCUGCGAUUUGUUUGUUGCGGGAUUGGAGGUUUGCGUGAUGUUGUGGAUUUCAGGCGGGAAGGGAAUUGGUAAAUCACGUGACAGACGGUUCUGGGGUCAAAGGUCGACGAAUUUCCCUUUGCCUCAGAACAAGAAAGCAAAGAAAAAAGUGAAGAAAGGCUGGUCCUUACAAGAUUGAAAAGUUUAAAAUGGUGUUUUAAGAAAAUCUUGUAUACAUGUACAUUGUAAAUAAAAUUAU